CAGGAAUCACAACGAAAAAGGUUUAUCUCAAGGUACACUGAAAAUGGCAUGCCCCUUUCCACAGUUGCUCAGAGAAUACCUGGCUUAUCGCCGGAUACAGAGAAAUCGUGUGGUGACCAAGGAUGGCCACUGCAACAUUGCAUAUGGUAGUGUGAGACACAGCCAAUUUUUCAUCUACUUUCUAGACCUAUGGACCACCUUAAUGGACAUGCGCUGGCGUUACGUUAUCUUUCUCUUUGGAGCCUCCUUUGUGUUUGGCUGGUUCUUCUUUGGACUAUUCUGGUAUUGGGCUGCUUUUGCUAAUGGUGACCUAUACUGGCAAAACCCAUCUGCUGACCACCAGCCUUGUGUAGAGAAUGUUUUUGAUAUGACUGGUGCCUUCCUCCAGUCUAUAGAGACUCAGAUGUCCAUUGGUUAUGGUUAUCGACAAAUCACUCCAUUUUGUCCUAGUGUCCUCACCAUUUUCACAAUUGAGGCUGUAUUUGGGACGGUGAUAAUCUGCUUUUGGUGUGGGGUGAUUAUGACUAAAGUUGCCCGGGGGAAAAAAAGAGCCAAAACCAUCAGUUUUAGCCAGAUGGCUGUUAUCUCCUCUAAAAAGGACAGUCUCUGUUUGCAGAUCCGAGUGGCCAACAUGCGCAAAUCUUUGAUGAUUGGGAGUCAGAUCUAUGGCAAACUUCUUAAAACAACUGUCACCCCUGAAGGUGAGACCAUUAUAAUGGACCAGAUCAGGAUAGACUUCAUUGUAGAUGCUGGAAAGGACAACCUUUUCUUUGUCUGCCCAUUGACCCUGUACCACAUCAUUGACCAAUCGAGCCCGUUUUUUCAAAUGACAGUAGACACCCUUCACCAGCAGGAGUUUGAGCUUGUGGUGUUUCUCGAUGGCACUGCAGAGUCCACCAGCUUCUCCUGCCAGGUCCGAACUUCCUACCUUCCUAAAGAGAUCAUGUGGGGCUAUCAGUUCCUCCCUAUCAUCUCACGCAGCAAAGAGGGAAAGUAUCAUGUAGAUUUCUCCAACUUUGCCAAAGUGGCUCCUGUAGAUACAGCACCUUGUGCCAGUCAUUAUGCCAAAUCCCCUGAUGGCUUCAAUCCUUACAAUACUCCCACUGACAGUGACAGGCUUCAGGAGAUUGAAGUUAAAGACCAGUCCAGUGCUACCAAUAUGUAAUGCAUAUAAGUUUACUUUUUUUUUUUUUUUUUUUUUUAAACAUUUGCUCUUGCCAUAGGGAUGCUUCCUUUUUAUGUGGAUGAUAGAAAUAUGAGCUAUUCACAGUAUGUAGUAUUGCAUUGCCAAUUUUGUAAUAUUUAUCUUAAAUAAUGAUGUUUUCAGUGCAGUGAGUACCUCUGCCACAUCACAUUUCCAGGCUUCCUUAUAGUAGGUGGAUUGACUAUGUAAAAUACACCUAGGUCUGAAAGAGUGUGUGAAUGUCUGUGUCUGCAUGGUGCCCUAUUAUGGAGUAGUUUCCCAUCCAGGGCAUAUUCCUGCCUCAAGCCCAGUGUUCAAAAGAUCGGUCCUGGAUCCAUUGUGACCCAGACCAAGAUGGCUGACUCAAUAAUGAACAUUUUACACCCUUUUCUUUGACAGACAAGAUACACUUUAGACAGCUGCACACUCCAUUUGCUUCAAUAU